GCCGGGGGAGAGAAGCUUUGCUCUUUAGCGGCGCGGUCGGUGUGUGUGCGUCGGUCGGAUGGCGGCCAAGGGCGGCGGCCAGCAGCGGCGGCCGCGCAGCAAGGCGGCCGCCGACGAUGACGACACGUCGUCCAACGAUCUGCCGCUGCGGCUGCGACGCGGCUCCAGCGACUCGCGCGACUCGUUCUACAUGGACUUUGACCAGGGCAUCGACUCGGACAUCGAGCAGAUGGCCGCCUCGGCCGUCACCGGUGGCCUCGCCGGCGCCGCCACCGCGGGCCUCGUCGUCGUCGUCGGCGCCGAGCUCGAGGCGGCCGUGUCGUCGGCGCGUCCGGCCUCCAUCUGCUCGUCGGGCGCCGGCUCCAGACCCUCCAGCGUCGUGCACGUCGUCGCGCACCAAAAGUCCAGCUGGAGCGGGAACGUGCAGCCGGGGGAGAGCGCACUGCUGCAUUCGCCGGCGAGCCCGAGCGGGGUGCUGGUGCCCGCCGAGGGCCCCCCGCGCCAGACUAGUCCCAUCAGCUCGACUGAUGCCCAGACGCGGACGCACUCGCGGGCCCACUCGGGGGUGCCAUCCGUCUACUCGCACCACGACCCCGAGCACCACCAGCUCAUCCUCCCCCAGAGACCCGGCUCCAACGUGGGACUUCGCAUCGUUCCGGCUGGGCAGUUGCCCCAGGUGUCAGCCGCGUACCAGCAGCACACCCCCGGCCACCCGCCCUACCCGCACCACCACCCGACCCUGUGCACUCGGUCGCUCCAGUCGGCCUCCAAGGACACCAAUCAGGGAAGCGCCACUGAUGCUUUGACGACGACCCUGUCGGCGCUGUAUGGCAAACUGUUGGUGGUCAUGGGCAUCGCUUUUCCCAUGGCCGAAGUCAUUUCCACUUACAUACCGCCCUCCUUCUACGAGGGCUUCUACCUCUACCUCUACUUUGGCAGCAUGCUCUUCCUCAUGUGCAUGUAUGCGACCGUGUUGCGACCCAAACCGACUUCUGCCAACGCCAAUGCUGCCAAGAAGAAGUCAAAAAGACGGCAGCGGAGGAAUUCCGGCACGGACUCGCCGCAGUCAGACACGGAGGGUGGCAGUUCCGUCGGCAGUUCGUCGAGUGCGGCAUCGUCGCCGACGCCGACGGCCGCGGACGAGCCACCUGACAAGGCCACGACUGAAAUUAGUGCGUUCACGCCCACGAGACAAGCGCACUACGGCAGUUUUUAUCUGCGAAUGGGCGCCGUCGCUUUCGGCAUCGGCAGCAUGAUUUACUCGGGGCUGGAGUUCGGGCAGUACUUUGAGCUGGAGCGCAACACCAAGUGCCACAACGUGCUGCUGGCCCUCACGCCCGCCACCAGGAUGGCUUUCAUCUUCAUCCAGAUGUACUUUAUCUUCCUCAACAACGAGUUGAGGGUGUACAGAUCUCGUCUGAUUGCGCGCUUUGGUUUGAUGCACAUGAUUGGCACCAAUUUGUCCGUCUGGCUGAACGUGCUCAUCCAAGAAACCAAACACGAAAUCCUUCUCUUCUACAACCCUGAGAACAAUACUCUCGCUCUCAACGCACAUCCAAAACAGCAACACAAAGCGAUGUUGCACCGGGUGGCACGCGGUUUGAAGGGUCCGCACCACAUCUACGAGUGCAGGCGGACCAACAUCAUGGGCUCGCUGGUGCAGGACGCGAGUCCCUUCCUCUUCCCGUGCACAAUCGAGUACAGCCUGAUCUGCGCGGCCAUCCUGUACGUAAUGUGGAAGAACGUGGGUCCGAAGCCGGAGCAGGCGGUCCGCGAUUCGCAACACCAGCAGCACAUCCACGCGGUUUCGCACACGGGCAGCAUCAGGCGCUCGCCGCACCACUACUCGGUCGACUGCGCCAGGGCGCACAAGGGCCUCUUCGUCGGCAUCCUCGCCCUGGUGCUCACCAUCAUCUCGCUCAUUCUCUUCUUCGUGCUCAUCAGCCGGCCUGAACUCAAGGCCCUUGCCGUCAUGGAGGUCAAUGUCUGCGAGCUGGCCCUCUACUUCGCCGCCACUGUCGCCACUCUGCUCGGCAUGCUGCAGGUGCGUGAGCUGCGUUACGACGGCAGCCGCAAUCUGGAGCUGGACAACAUCCUUCUAAUCGCGGCACAGACGGGCAUGUUCAUCUACUCAACAUUCACGGUGAUCGGCGGCCACUUCACCAUGGAGAAGAACAACGCCCUGCUGCUGAUCACGGCGGUGGCAUCGCUGACGCAGACCAUUUGCCAGACCAUGUUCAUCCUGGACGCGUCGCGGCGCAGCUGCACCACGGCGCGCCAGAUCCGACGCAAGCCCGGCCGGCAGCUGGUCACCUUCCUGUUGGUGGCCAACCUGGCCAUGUGGGCCGUCAACACGCUCGAGAAGUCGAGGGCCGAGUCGCACCCUGUGCAGCUGCACUUCUACGGCCUCUGGGCCUGGACCAUCAUCACGCAUGUCAGCAUGCCGCUCGCCAUCUUCUACCGCUUCCACUCGACCGUCUGCCUCUUUGACGUCUGGAAGCGGGCCUACAAGAUCAAGCCUGUCUAUAUGUGAAUCGAUGAAAUUUCACACUCGCAAAAGCUGGCAGAGAUUUGGGGGUUUCAAAAUGUUUUCUGGUUUUACACAAACGGUUCAGAAUUAUACGUCUUUUUAAGUGUUUAAAGAUGCCAGCAUGAGGUUUCACCUUAAAUUUGCAAGUUUUUGGUAUUUCAUGCGGGAUUUUUAUUCAAUCCUACCAAUUCUGAGCAUUCUGAAGCAAUCGAUGAAGAAACGAAUCUAAAAAUUUGUAGCAAUAUCGUUUUUCAUCGUGAUUAAGCUAAACAGAUUUCUAAAAUUAAGGCUUUUGUGUACGCAUCAGCAGAGGAUUGAAUCGAAACUUAAAGUGAAGUACCUGAUAAACUUGAAAAUGGACGGUGGUGCCACCUGUAGGAUACUUCCCCACCAAUAUCUAACUCAUAUUCCGAUAAAAUAGACACUUUCCGAUUGGAAAGUCACAAUCUAAACCUUAUUUGGAAAGUUCGGUUUAUUUCUUGUGCAAAAAAGUAAUAACCAGGAUAAAAAUUUAAUUUGGUUAAAACUGUGCCCCAAAUUUCUGCCGAUUUCAACCCAAAAAUAUUGUAAACACAUACCAAAAGUAUUAUAGCAUAUAUACGCAACACUACUUCUAUACAUACCAUAUCUCAUUUUAGAUCUCCGCACACUUUUUUACUGAUUUUUAAAAUUUUCCAACCACUUUUAAAGAUUUCUCCGAUGCUCGCCAAUAUUUUUUAUAUUGAACUUAUUGUACUUUAGGUAGAAGGAAAAAAGCAGCCGACUGACCCAGAGCUUACUCAUUCAUUGACUCCGCGCGCCCUUUGGAAAGCGAACACAAAAGCAAGCGCGCGUUUUCGAAAAGGGCAGAGGAAAUGGAAUUUCGGUACGAUCCCAGCACGCAGGGGGUGAUGAAAUUGGUCCAUUGAUCACUCAUAAAACACAUUUGGAAAGAGAGAGAGAGGAAAUGCGUUCGUUGUUCCAAGCAAGCAAGGCUGGCUUUUUGUGUGCCACAUGUGUGUGUGCCAGUGGCCCUCUUUUAAUCAUUCGAAUAAAUAGGCUGCCGCUAUAUUUGUCCCGAAGAAGGCAGCCAGCGCAGUUUCCUGCUCUCACACCCCUGGGGAGUGCAUCCCCUUUUAAUUUCUCCAGCAGUCCCUGCUCGCCGUGAGAGAGUAAGUUAUUUUUCCCGCGCGAUAUAUUGGCGUUUUUAAUGAAACUUUUGUCACUUUGGUGUAAAAAUGGAUGAAUACCGUAUACUAUAAAUACUCUUAAAAGAUACGAAAAUAGCCCCGGACAAGCGAAUGUAAUAUCUGUGUAUCAUAUAAAUAAUGGACCAAUGGGUGCGUCUCAUGUAUGAAACUUAUUCUUCUCGUGUAUAUCUCUCUCGUUAAUGACUCACGCGUUAUUUGCUCCUCGGCUUCCUGCUCCUCUCGUUUUAUGUGUGUUGAGCGACCAAAAACGACGCAGACAAUAGUAGUCAAAAAUCAAAGUUACACGUAACUGCCAUUUUCUAAAUAAAUGAAAUGCGAUUUUGGACCACUUUUGACCGCUUUCUGAUACGUAGAUAAAUUUUUAGAGCCGAGAUGGAAUGAUAUUUACUGGGGAAAAUUAUUUUUAAAUAAAUACUUAUUUAAAAAAGUGAUCCACCGACCUUUUGCAAAUUUCUUGCUAAAUAAAUUGCGGGAGAUGUAUAGAGAUGCAACCCAUGCGUGGAGUUAAUAGGAGAUGGACGCACAUUAAGGAACGUUUUGAGAGGAAAAAUAAACUUAGAAGCACAUUCUGUAUUGUGGAUUGGCUGUUUCGGCUCUCUGCAGGCCUCAUCAAGUGAUUUUCUGAGCAGAGAAAUAUAUCCAAUUCUCGUACUAAGUUUUUGUAAGACUUCCUGCGUGUAAGUUAUAUUUUUUAAAUGUAGCCCAAUGAAAUUGAAUUUAAAUACGGAGGAUUUUCACUUUGCAUAAUUAUAAAUUUGUUUUGUUUGGCUCUACAUCAAUUUAUUUGAAAAUAAAUGAAUAAAAUGGGCAGCCUUUAUAAAUUAAAUCUUUUGAAUCGAAUGUAGGAGUGAAGAUUUUCGUUUGAAAUCGGAUCGUGAAUCGCAAGAAACUUGCAAAUAGGGGUGGUUACAUCUGUUGGCAACCUGAAGUGAAUUAACUUUGAUUUGAAAAGUUAAAAUAAUCACCUCUAUACCCUCUCAAUUCUGGCAUUGAUAGGCUCUUUUUAGGAGGUAUUAAUAAAAUUUCAAUUUUUCUGUCAACAUUUCCGUUUCUUAAUGUGAAACAUUCAGUUUAUGAAAAAUUGUCAACGCCCUGUAAAUGUUGAGGCCAGCAAAGAGAAAAUUGUAAAAGAAGCAGACACUUCGUCCUGUCCCCGAACAUUAUUCAUGCAGCAGCAACAACGUUGUGUCGGUUUCAAGUUUCGCCAAGCACUUCACCUUAUUAUGCAAAUGUGCCUGGUCGUCGGUUUCGAAUUUCAACAGCUCGCACAAGGGCAUCAUUUCCGCUAAUCACCUGUUAAAAAUUCGAACCCUUUGCAUUUUUCGAGACCCCGGCCGGCACUGCUGCAUACUAUAGGAUUUUGUGUUUCUCCGCAUUUAUGCGAAUUUCCCCGGCGCAUCUUGUAAAUUUGGUCAAUAAAGCUGCCGGAGGGGAACUUGGCUCAGCGUCUUUCCUUUGCCCGGACCGAUGCGAAAUAAAAUGCUCUCCGAGUAUGUGUUCGGUGCCGGAGAGCAUGGAAUUCAUUUGCGGCCCGAAUGGCUCUUUUAUGGGAUUACGCGACGCCGAUGCUUUUAUUAAAAAUGUUAUCGUGCCGCUUUUUAAUAACGCCAGCAGCAGCAGUUCGAGAUUUUGCUGACUUUGCUCUUAUUCAAAUCAGCACUCGUUCCUCCAAAUUGCUUUUCCACGACCAAAGUGUUUUUCCUCGCAGAUAAACAGACGACAUUUCCGCAACCACCGAGACACGCGUAUUUUUGUGAAGAAUUUUUGUGGGAAUUUCAAGAGAUUUCCAGCUUGGUGUUAAAGAUCUCUGUUGCCUUUGCGUUUCAGACGAUUUGCAAUUGGACACAAUAAAAUGUUUUUUGGAAAUUUUUGUAGAAAAUGUGAGUAAUUUUGCAAUAUAAUAUAUACAACGUAAAUAAACAAUUGAAUGUUACAGCAGGUGGAUUUAAAUACAUACUUUUAUGUUUAAUCAAAAAUUGUCUCGAUUAUAUGUUGACUGUCAGUCAGCCGAUGCAGCUGCGAUGUAUAUCAAUCUAAGCCAAAAAUAAAAGUGACGCUGCAAAGCGAAUAUCUGUACACUA